GACAAAGGGGCCGGCGCGGGGGUGCAGCCUCGUGCAGCCCGGGCCGCGGGCCUGAAAGCGCGCGCUCGCAGAGCGGGGUCCAGGCUGCGGGGUGGGCAGUGCAGAGCCGGCGCCGACCGCGGCUGCGAGGUCCGCAAGACCCGGCUCCGGGCGCAGACCUCUCCCGAGCUGGCUCGGCGCCAGACCUCCGGAAUUCCACUCACUCUUUGACCCUCCGUACCCACCCCCUGCAGAUCGCACAACUGUAGCGGCAGCCGGGGCCGCCGCCCGCUGCUUCUCGGGCUGGCCGGCGGAGAGCGCAGCGCGGCGGGACCGGCGGCAUGGCUGUGUCCUGGAAGAGCUGGCUGGCCAACGAAGGGGUUAAACACCUCUGCCUGGUCAUCUGGCUUUCCCUGAAUGUCCUGCUUUUUUGGAGAACUUUUCUGCAAUAUAACCGAGGGCCAGAGUAUCACUACCUCCACCAGAUGUUGGGGGAUUGUGUCUAAGCAGAGCCUCCGCAUCUGUUCUUAACCUCAACUGCAGCCUUAUCCUUUUGCCCAUGUGCCGAACCCUUCUGGCUUACCUUCGAGGAUCCCAGAAGGUUCCAAGCAGGCGAACAAGAAGAUUAUUAGAUAAAAGCAGAACAUUCCAUAUCACCUGUGGUGUUACUGUCUGUAUUUUCUCAGGUGUGCACGUGGCUGCCCAUCUGGUGAAUGCCCUCAACUUCUCAGUGAACUACAGCGAGGAUUUUUUGGAACUGAAUGCAGCGAGAUGCCGAGAUGAGGAUCCUAGAAAACUUCUCUUCACAACUGUACCUGGCCUGACAGGGGUCUGCAUGGUAUUGGUGCUAUUCCUCAUGAUUACAGCUUCUACAUAUGCAAUCCGAGUUUCUAACUAUGACGUCUUCUGGUAUACUCAUAAUCUCUUCUUUAUCUUCUACAUGCUGCUGAUGUUGCAUGUUUCAGGAGGGCUGCUGAAGUAUCAAACUAAUUUAGAUACCCACCCUCCUGGCUGCAUCAGUCUUAACCGGACCCGCUACCAGAAUAUUCCCUUACCAGAGUAUCUCUCAGAGGACUUCCAUGAACUUUUCCCUGGAGAAUUUUCAAAACCAGAUGAGCUUACCAGGAAUACAUUUGUGAAGAUUUGUAAGGAAGAGCCCAGGUUCCAAGCUAAUUUUCCACAGACUUGGCUUUGGAUUUCUGGACCUUUGUGCCUAUACUGUGCUGAAAGACUUUACAGAUGUAUCCGGAGCAAUAAGCCAGUGACCAUCAUCUCAGUCAUAAGUCAUCCCUCAGAUGUCAUGGAAAUUCGAAUGGUCAGAGAAAAUUUUAAAGCAAGACCUGGCCAGUAUAUCUUCCUACAUUGUCCCAGUGUGUCUGCAUUGGAAAAUCAUCCAUUUACCCUCACAAUGUGUCCUACUGAAACCAAAGCAACGUUUGGAGUCCAUCUUAAAAUAGUCGGAGACUGGACGGAACGAUUCCGAGAUUUACUACUUCCUUCAUCUAGUCAAGACUCUGAAAUUCUGCCCUUCAUUCAAUCUAGGAAUUAUCCAAAGCUGUAUAUCGAUGGUCCAUUUGGAAGUCCAUUUGAAGAAUCACUGAACUAUGAGGUUAGCCUCUUUGUGGCUGGAGGCAUUGGAGUGACUCCAUUUGCGUCAAUACUCAACACUCUGCUGGAUGACUGGAAACCAUACAAGCUUAGAAGACUGUAUCUUAUUUGGGUAUGCAGAGAUAUUCAAGCCUUCCGUUGGUUUGCAGACUUACUCUGUGUGUUACAUAACAAGUUUUGGCAAGAGAACAGACCUGACUAUGUCAACAUCCAGCUGUACCUCAGUCAAACAGAUGGGAUUCAGAAAAUAAUUGGAGAAAAAUAUCAGGCACUAAAUUCAAGACUUUUUAUUGGACGUCCUCGAUGGAAAAUUCUGUUUCAUGAAAUAGCCAAAUGUAACAGAGGGAAAACAGUUGGUGUUUUCUGUUGCGGGCCCAGUUCAAUUUCCAAGACUCUUCAUAAACUGAGUAACCAAAACAAUUCAUAUGGUACAAGAUUUGAAUACAAUAAAGAAUCUUUCAGCUGAAAACCUUUGAGAUGAACCAGGACUCUAAAAAAAGGAAUGAGUGCAAUUUUUAAGACUUUGAUACUCAGCUGAAUCAAACAGCUAUGUCGUGCCAAAAAGUAGCAAGGCUUUCUUAUUUAUGAUUAUUUAAAAUGGAAAUGAAGAGAAUGUGGCAAGAUUGCAGGUAAUAAUACAUGUUUAAUUUGGAAACCAAAGAGGCCCUGCAGAAUACUUGAUGUGGUGAUUCACUUUUCAAUGUUCGAAUGAAAAGAAAACCAUUAGACUCACACUGUUGAUUUUUAUGGCAGAUUCAGGAAGUCUGUAGUGAGGAGCUGAACCUGCUCACUCUGAAGCUGAUAGCCUAGGUCCUCUUUAAAUUGUUUUUGGUUGAACAAAUUCAAGAUUGAACAAAAUUAAAAAUUCAUUGAAACUGAGACUAUAUUUUGUAUGUUGCAUAUAAACAGAGUAGCGUUAAUUUGGGAAAGCUUCAGGCAAAUGUAUUAAGAUGCUUAAAAAUACAACACAGGACUCUGUGUUGAUACGGGUACUUUGUGCCAAUAGCUAAUCUUCCUCACUACUGAUGUUAAUACCUCUACCUGAUAUCUGUAAACCAUAUGCUGAUUGAACCUUGUGCAGAUGUAGGUAUAGCAUGUAUUUUUAUAUUUUUCUUUUUCCUGUGCCAAGGGAAAUCUGCCCUCCCUUGGCAUGCAUUAGACACAAUGGUUUACUAGAUCCAUUUCAUCCUCAACUUACUUAAUCUAUUAUUAUUAUAGAGUAUCAAGAAAGUAUCAUUACUUUCAAUUAUAAAGGGACUUACAGA